UCCCCACAGUGAAUGUUGAUGUUUACAGUCCAAGCAGAGGGAAGGUGGAGAGGAUUGUGGGUGGUGUUUACCGACACUGACACACCGUCUCCUCCAGCUUAUAUAAAGCCCGGGAGGGACGUCCCCUCACUGGGAGUCACUGUGCGCUGAUGCUCCGCCACACGCACGCAUCACUGUUGGCAGCGCGAGCCCCGCAUCAGCACGGCCAAAAGCACCACUGGCUGACCGGCACGAUGGAUGGCCCACAGAAAGACCACAGAAUGACUCACUUGUGGAUAUUGACGUUACUGAUAAUUGUCUGAACCUGUCGCACUGGAUAACUUUUUUGGACUUGUCCCCCCUUCUGGAUACGGAUUUUGGAGCUGGAUCUCGACCUACAGUCUUUGGAAACAGGAUUAUAUUUAUUUUUUUAUCUUUCUUUUUUUAUUUGCUUUGGUUUUGGAACAGAAGUGGGAAGGCGGACUGAUUUUUUAGGAUACGCACAGAAAACUCUAAAGGAUGGCCGUUUGGUUCACCUCUAUCAUCGCAAUAGUUAUGAUAUUAUUCACUCAGGUUUUGGGAUCAAGCGUGUUCGAGAUAGAUCUCCAUCAUUUUCAGAAUUCCAACGGUUUGCUGGCAAACGGGCGCAGCUGCAGCGCGAGCGGCUGCAGGACUUUUUUCACGGUUUGUCUGAAGAACUACCAGACGGAGGUGUCUCCUGGGAAGUGCUUGUUCGGCUGGGAGAAGACACCUGUGCUGGGCACCGACUCGUUCAGCAUCCAGCAGGACGGGAGGCUGCGCCUGCCGCUCAGCUUCACCUGGCCGGGUGCUUUCUCGUUAGUGAUUGAAGCCUGGUUUUCUCCUGCAGCGGAGCAGCCUGAAGAUCCCAGCGACCCUGAGCUGCUUAUUGGCUCCUUUGCCAUCCAAAGGCAGCUGGGAAUAGGGCCCGAGUGGUCCCAGGAUGCGCAGGUCGGGACGCAGACGGAGCUCAGGUACUCAUACCGGAUCAUCUGCAAAGAAAAUUACUACGGGGACACUUGUUCCAAAAUAUGCACACCGAGAGAUGACCGUUUUGGCCACUACACCUGCAAACCUGGCGGAGACAUAGACUGUCUGUCUGGAUGGAAGGGAGAAUACUGCCAAGAACCAAUCUGCCUUGAAGGCUGCAAUGCAAGUAAUGGAACCUGUACAGUCCCAGGAGAAUGCAAAUGCAGAGACGGCUGGCAGGGACUCUUUUGUGAUGUGUGUAAACUUCAUCCAUCCUGUAAACAUGGUACCUGUAAAGAGCCGUAUCAGUGCACCUGCAAAGAAGGCUGGGGAGGCAUCUUUUGUGACCAAGAUCUGAACUACUGCACUAAUCACAAACCCUGCGCUAAUGGGGCCACAUGUCUGAACACAGGCGAAGGCAGCUACACCUGCACCUGCCUKCCAGGCUUCACGGGGGUGAACUGUGACUCGGAGGUCAAGGAGUGUGACAGCGAGCCCUGCCUCAAUGGAGGCCGCUGCCUGGACUCAGAGAGUGGCUAUACGUGUGCAUGCCUAAAGGGGUUUGAAGGCCUACACUGUGAACACAAGAUACUGACCUGUGCAGACAGACCAUGCUUCCAUGGAGGCAAGUGCAAAGAGAGGGAUAACGGCUAUAGUUACACAUGCGAGUGUCCAGCUGGAUACACUGGACUCAACUGUGAGAAGAAGAUGGACAAAUGUACCUCACUGCAGUGCUCCAACGGCGGACACUGUGUGGUCCACGGUAACCUCGUGAUGUGCAGCUGCCGCUCAGGCUUCGCAGGCCUGCGCUGUGAGAUCAACGUGGACGAGUGCGCCAGGAACCCAUGUGCAAACGGCUCCACCUGCAUAGACCGGAUCAAUGACUACACCUGCACCUGCCCGCCGGGCUACACGGGCCGCCACUGCGACAGACCCAGAAACCACUGCGCCUCUCAGCCCUGCCUGAACGGCGGGACCUGCACCAUCGGACCCGCAGGGAAACCCACCUGCAGCUGCCCCGCCCCCUACGGUGGCCCCCAGUGCCGGGACAGAGAUGGGCAGUCAGCCAACACCCCCAGCCCCAACAGGGGCUUGGAGUCCAGCGAAAAGCUGAACUUUGUGGCCAUCAGUUUGGGGAUCGGCUUGGUGGUUGUUCUGGUGUUUCUCUGCAUGGCGGCAGUGCUCGUACGCAACCGAAGAAAACAAAAGAACAAGGAGCAGGACUCUAAGACAAUGAACAAUCUCUCCAAGGCGAACUUUCAGAAGGAGAACCUUAUUUCAACUGUUGAGCUGAAGAACACAAAUAAGCAGGUUGAACUGGAGGUGGACUGUCCUACAGAAAAGUCAAAUCAUAAAUUUAUAAAUCACUUUCUCCUGGACUAUAAAUCCUCCAUGAGGUACAAGGACGAACUGUCCCCUUUGGACAAAGAUGAAAACUGUGAAAAGAAAAUAGAAGACAAUAAGCAUUUGAGUAGAAUGUACAGUGAAAGGCCCGAGUGUAGAAUAUCAACAAUAUGCUCCUCUAGAGACUCGGUCUACCAGUCUGUUUUAGUUGUUGCUGAGGAGAAAAAUGAAUGCAUCAUCGCAACCGAGGUAUAAUAAUCAAAACAUAUUACUCAUUGUCCGGUUUGGAUCCCUUGUGGACUGUUUACAAGUGCGAAGAGACUGGGAUUUAUUUAAAUACAAGAUGCUGCUCUUGAAAACUUGAUAACUGGACGUGCUCUUUGACUACAGAAGAAGUAAAGCUAAUAAUUAUUGUGAGAAUGUACAGACUGAAACAAAAGACUUUUGGACAAAAAAAGAGUGAAUCUGGAUUUCCCUUCAACGUUUUUUGUUUCAAACCUUCACCUGCUUUGUGCAAGUUUCUUCAAGGGAACCCGGAAAUGAAAGCUUGGUGUUCUAAGACAGAACUGUCGCUCCCUGAUAUCACAAGUCAAAUUAGCAGUAGAACGAGCCAGGAUUUUCCAUUUAUUCUGUACUAUGCAAGCAAAAACGACACAAAAACUACUGAAAACGGUUCAUUUGUGUAGGAUAUUUAGAGGGGUUUUUUUUAGUUUAAGAACACAUCCGUUUUWUAAAGAAUGUAUUUAGAAUAGAACACAAAGCCUUAAAUGUGUGUAGAAGCUAAAAUAAUGUGCCCUGCCUUAUCUUGAUCCCUUUGCCCCUUUGCACAGCAACUUGGAGGUAAAAAAAAAAAAAGAUCGAACGAUGCAAUACGCAGGGAAACUCCUGAUUGGGCCUCAACUGUUUUAUGCAAAAUUACUCUGMUGAAGACAAAGACACACAUGUAGUGACUAUCAUACCAAGGACGCCUUCAGUGAAAAUGACUGAACCAAUAAUGUUAUUUUGUAAAUUAGUAAUUUAAUUAUAUGAAACACUGUUCUUCUCUUUGUUUUAUAAAGUGUUUUUGUAWAUAUGUAUAUUUUUACACUGAGAUUAGAAGUAUGACUUGUACAUUGUUUUAAGUUGAUGCUACCAAAAAAGGUUGAAUUUAUUUUUUAAAUGUUUUGGUGUCUUGUUUUGUUAUGUUUUUAAUAUUGUUUUUUUCUAUUUUGCUAUAAAAGGACACACACAACACA